UUUUUGACAUGGCGCCCGGAGAACCCCAUCAUGAGGUGUUCAAGCAACAAGGCGAGGAGCCUUGGUUUGGCGAAGAGAGGGAGGGGUGGGGUGGUUAUAUCGAGUGGGAGAGGUACCCCGAAAAGAAGAAGCAGGCAACAGAGGUAUUGUCGAGAUAUGACUUUCCUGUGCCACCUGAGUUCCAACUGUUACCACUGCCGAACAAAAAUCCGAUCUUAGAGGGGGUGAGAUGGAAGUACUACCAUUACGCAAUGGGUCCUACGCUCCGCCGUAUGCCGGAUAUCUCAUGGGAGUAUGUGAAGAAGGAGAAGAGUCCCGACAUGAUUCAUGUCUUGCAGUUCCCGUAUAAUGGGGAGCCUCCGAGGGACAGACUGGUCAAGACCGAGAUCACUCCUAACAAGGAUCAUUUCGUCCGGAACCAUGGCGGUAUCCCAGAGAUUGAUGCAGGGGAGUACUACUUUGAUGUAGAGGGUCUGGUGAAUGACCCGAAACGAAUCACUUUGAAGGAACUUCAGGACGAAUCAAUCUUUCCCCGCAUGUCGAAGGUCGUGACGCUUCAAUGCUCCGGCACUCGACGUAUUGAACAGAUUAACGAGUAUCCGGGAGAUGGCGAUGAACUUAUCAACGCGCCCUGGGGUGAAGGCGCCAUAGGAACCGCUCGCUACACAGGUGUCAGCCUAAAGAAGGUCAUCAAAUACUGCGGCGGCCUCAAAGAAGGCGGCAAACACUGCGAGUUCUUCGGCGCAGACACCUAUUUCAAGAAAGGCAACGUGUACAAUUACGUCGUCUCAGUCCCGUACCGUAAAGCCAAAAUUCACGAAGUAAUGCUCGCUUGGGAAAUGAACGGAGAGCCCCUCCCGCGCAUACACGGCUACCCCCUUCGCGUCGUUGUCUUUGGAUAUAUCGGCGCCCGCAGCUGCAAGUGGCUGUACAAAAUCAACGUCAUUGAAGAACCCAGCCUCGCACCCGUGCAGAUGAAGGAGUACAUCUAUUAUAGCCCGCAGAUGGGGAAGCAUAAUGUGACGUAUAGCAAUGGGUUUAGUAUACAGACUAUGCCGGUGUCGAGUGCGAUUAUGACGCCUGUUAAUCAUCAGCAGAUUGUGCAUGAUGGGAAGAUCAAGUUGACGGGUUGGGCGUUUUCGGGGAGUGGGUGGCCGGAACGCGUAGAGGUGUCAGGAGAUGGAGGCAGUAUUUGGUAUGAGGUGCCAUUUGAGCAAGUCAGUAAAAAGUACUAUCACGCGUGGCGCGUGUGGGAGUAUGAGAUGCCCGUCGACGCUGAGGGCUGGCUCGAGUUUUGUGUAAGGACGUGGGACAAUGCACUCAAUACUCAACCGACUUUCGUGAGAAGCGCAUGGAACUGGGACCUUCACGUUACUUCAUCAUGCCACCGCGUCAAAAUCUACAGUGUCAACAGAACAAAACCAGCGACCGCACGCCGCUUGAAACAACUCGAAGAAAGAGGACAAUCCAUGGUUCCCAUAACACAACCACCUGAGUUCGAUCUCGAGACUGAGGAAGAAUAUCUGGAAAUCAUGAGGAAGAAGGGAGGGAGAGAUCCCGAGGAAUAGAUGUUGGGAAGAAGAGGCGAGAAGCAGAGAACUGGUGGAGAGGGGGUAUCUGUAGGAACAAUGAGUGCAUGGUCUAGCUCCAACGUCUCUUCAUGCACCUAUUCAACUAUUCUCCUUCAAUCGAUACA